UCUUGACUCCCCACAGAUGUGGGCAGGGUGCUAAGAUCUCUGACCUCAUGAAAGCAGAGGGUCUGGACCCCCAGCUCAGAGUACUCAGACCGCGGAGACUCCUGCAUACCACUCACUGGCAAGCUUCACCAUGGCAGCCCAGAAUGGAAACACUAGUUUUGCAGCUAACUUCAGUAUACCCCAAGACCAUGCCUCCUCCCUCCCCUUCAACUUCAGUUAUGGUGAUUACGACCUCCCUCUAGAUGAGGAUGAGGAUAUGACCAAGACUCACACCUUCUUUGCAGCCAAGAUCAUUAUCGGGGUGGCACUUGUGGGCAUCAUGCUGAUUUGUGGCAUUGGCAAUUUUGUCUUUAUCACUGCCCUUGCCCGCUAUAAGAAGCUGCGCAACCUCACCAACCUGCUCAUUGCUAACCUGGCCAUCUCCGACUUCCUGGUGGCCAUUGUCUGCUGCCCCUUCGAGAUGGACUACUAUGUGGUGCGCCAGCUCUCCUGGAAGCACGGCCAUGUGCUCUGUGCCUCUGUCAACUACCUGCGUACCGUCUCACUCUAUGUCUCCACCAAUGCCCUGCUGGCCAUCGCUAUCGACAGAUAUCUCGCUAUCGUUCACCCCUUGAAACCACGGAUGAAUUAUCAAACAGCCUCCUUCCUGAUCGCUUUGGUCUGGAUCGUAUCCAUUCUCAUCGCCAUCCCAUCAGCCUACUUCACAACGGAAACCGUCCUCUUUAUUGUCAAACGCCAGGAAAAGAUCUUCUGCGGCCAGAUCUGGCCAGUGGACCAGCAGCUCUACUAUAAAUCCUACUUCCUCUUCAUCUUCGGCAUCGAGUUCCUGGGCCCGGUGGUCACCAUGACCCUGUGCUACGCCAGGAUCUCCCGGGAGCUCUGGUUCAAGGCAGUCCCUGGUUUCCAGACGGAACAGAUCCGGAAGCGGCUGCGGUGCCGCCGGAAGACGGUGCUGGUGCUCAUGUGCAUCCUCACGGCCUACGUGCUGUGCUGGGCGCCUUUCUACGGCUUCACCAUCGUGCGCGACUUCUUCCCCACUGUAUUCGUGAAGGAGAAGCACUACCUCACAGCCUUUUAUGUCGUCGAGUGCAUCGCCAUGAGCAACAGCAUGAUCAACACCGUUUGCUUCGUGGCCGUCAAGAACAACACCAUGAAGUACUUCAAGAAGAUGCUGCUGCUCCACUGGCGGCCCUCCCAUGGCGGGAGCAAGUCCAGCGCUGACCAUGACCUCAAAACCAGCGGCCUGCUGGCCACGGAAGAGGUGGAUUGUAUCAGGCUGAAGUGACCCACUGGUGUUUCGUAAUUGAAAACCCAAAAGCCAGUACUUAGAGCACAAUUCACCAAUAACCAAGUUCACAGACUGCUUGGGGAAAGGACAACUGUGUUCACACCUCACUGCUCUCAAGGAGCUGGAUGCUUCUGGAGUCAUAAAAUGUGAUGCAACUAGACACAAACCACAGCAGCUGACAUUUACUGAUAGCUGCUCAACACCUACUGUGUGCACAACCACACCAGCGAGAUUAGAUAAGGGCAACAGGAGCUGACAUUUACUGAUUACCUACUGUGCAAAAAUAUUUAAAUAGCAAAAUGAAAUGCCAGAAGCCAUUGGAGUCAUUAAGCUAUAUCCAGAUAUUUAGGUGGUCAAACAGAGGCCACAGAUGGUUAUCUAGACUCAUUCUUCAUCUUCCCUCAUUUUAUAUCUGGCCAGUGCAGGAAAGUCAAAGCCUACAGAAUGCAGCACAAUGGAGAUAAAAGGGUGAAUUAGAGGGUGGGGUUUACAGCCUCAUGGGAAGACAAUUCACGCCAUCACACUGAGCUUUCCCACCCAGAUCUUAUGACCUCCCUAGAACAUUCUCUAGGAUUCUGGCUGCCAGAAAAGAAUUUUUCUCAUAACCAGGUCAUUGGUUAUCUAUAAUGGUGUAAUUUCAAAGGAAAGAACCAAAAAAUUUUCUUUUCCACUGAUGCUUGAAAACUCAUCAUUCUUUUGGGUGAAGACAGACAAUCCUGAAAUGAGGAACACAUCCAGUUCCUGAAACCUUAACGUGAAGGAUGUCAGCAGCUCUAGUGUCAGUGAGUAAGGGGACAGAGAAAGGGGUCGAGUUUGCCACUGGCAAUGAACGUAAUCUGUGUGGCUAUUUUGCUAAGGCCUGGGCCACUUUUCUAGAACACACCCUUUCUUGCAAAGACGAGCUCUACUUGGAAUCCAAAGACCUGGGUUCAAGUCCUAACUCAUGUGACCUAGAUGUUUACUGUCUCUGCAUCUCAGUUUUGUUCAACGAAACAAGGAUGAUGAAAAUAUUUUCUCUGCCUGCCUUACAGGACUGUUGGGCAAGCCCACUGAGGUCAUAGUUUGUAAAAGUGCUUUUCAACUAUACAAGUGAUGAGAAUGGAGAAGAGAUAUUGAAUGAUUUGUUUGGACCCCAUCCACUGUGGCUUAUUAUGGAGAAACACUCCCACUUUUUCAUCCUUAGUCUAUGGACCAGUGAUCCCUGAACUCUUCUCAGUGCAGUCCAUCUACAUCAGGGCAAAAAAGGAAUCCUUGUCCUGGGUUAUAAUCAGAAAGAUUCAACUUCAGAGUCUCAGUUACCCACACCCCACUCCAAACUUUCAGUAUCCCUGUGGUCAUAGAACUGUUGAUAGUCUUCCCUGCAUGUUGCUAAACAGCACAUCCCAGGGCUGCCUAAGUCUGUUUGUAUAAUCACACACCUGUGGUAAUUGUGCAUAGUUGUCUUCAUUUCUUCCUGAUUCAUUUUGAAGCAGAGUCUAUACAAAUGGUUUGGGAUUGACCCAAAUGACCCACAUUUGGGCAAUUCCUGCUCUUCUAUAGUGACGGGGUUAUUUAGUUGUUUGCUUGUCUGUGUGUGUAUGUGUGUGUGUUUAAUUAAUUGUUGGUGUUUUUAAUCCAACCGUGAUGUUUCAACCAACAUUUUCCUCCAUCACCACCCAGCAUGUUCACCUUCAGCCCAAUCAUUGUACCCUCAGAAAAUGCAAACUCACUUUAACAUUAGGCUAAGCCAAAUUGUUUAUAAAUUCUGAUUAGACAAAAUUACACAAUGCAUUCUAAAGCCAAGCAAGUAAAUAUUUUGGGGUUAUCUGCAUUUUCACAAAUAUGAUAACUGCAUUUUUAUUUAUUACCCCUGUCCUGACUCUUCUCCUAAAGAUGAUUCUUUAAGAGUACACUGUUACCAAUUGUGUCUGUCAAAAGAAUUCAGUCCCUUUUUCCUUUUUAUACUAAAACAUACCAUCCUCCCUUCAUUUAAAUUUAACUGAAACAACUUUUGUAACUAUUGGUGAGAUUUGUGAUUUUCCAGUGAAUUAAAGUGUUAUGCUGUUAUCAAAUGAAAUUAUUAACAUAUGGAAUCUUAACCACACUGUUGAAGCAUUUUCCCUGCUAAUCUUCUAUAUGUUAGUAUAUUUAGAUAUCAAUGAAGUGAUAGCCAUUUAAACAAUUCAACCUUGCAACAGAGAAGGAAGUUCUUGAAGGCAUUUUUAGAACAGUGGCAGCUCACACCAGCAACGAGCCUCAUCUUGGUCACGUCCCUCAAGCUGCCAGCCCAGGAGUGUACUCAUGCAUGCAAAUAAAUCAAAGAACCGCUACUCCAUGUUCACGUUACCCUUUCAUUUUAAAAUCAUCUUGUUUGUUUAAUGAAAACUGCUGUUUGCAUGGAGACUGUUCAUUCCUCUAAC